AGUAGAGGGAAUCUGCAAAGCAGAAUAACAUAGUUGUAUUGUAUUCCAGGAGAAAAUGAAGUUCCAGCUGAAGAUGCACUAGUUCUACAACUUCAACUUGCUAAAGGACAGGAAAAAUUCAUUGAGAUGCUGAAAAGCCAACAGAAGGUAAUUGCAGAUUUGCAGCAGAAGCUUACCGAGCAGCAGAACACACUGAUUAGCCAGCAACAAGAAAUUCUGGAACAGCAGAUGAAAAUGUACACUCAAAUGGAUAUGAUAAAAGUUCAGUAUGGCAUGCUUUUUGACUCAGUGAAGCAGAUGUCAUUCCAGAGUUUGCAGGAAGACAUUCAACAAUAUUUCCAAACUCAUCUUCAAGGACUUCACAAGCAGGUCAGAAAUCAUCUCCAAACAUCCUACUCGGUGCAUAAAGUUGGAUUUGAUGCAAAAGAGACUGGUGUCGGGCAACCUUCACUGGACUGUGGCCCGUGUGAAAGUGAUGAAUUUUGCAAUUUCCAAAAGACACCAUCAUGGUGUGAAAAAUGCACUCUGUGCCCUGCUGGCUUUUUUCAAAUGUCCGAAUGUUCCGCAAAUGCUGAUCGGAUUUGUCAGGACAGAGAUGAGUGCACUGAAUCUCCCAAUAUUUGUGGUGAAAAGAUAAAAUGUCUGAAUACUCCAGGGGGCUUCCGGUGCCUAGGAGUGGCUGAGAAGGAUGCAGCGCUGGGACUGUGUGGUGAAGGGUAUUUCUUCAAUAAAGAAAUGCAGGAAUGCCAGGCCUGUACGGCGUGCGAGGAAGGAGCAGUGGCAAUGCCCUGUGCUGCCAUCAGCGACACCGUAUGUGCAGCCCCCAGAGAAAGUCGACUCUCUGAAGCCUGGGCUGCAGACGUUGCCUUACCCCACACAGAGGCAGGUGACAUCCCAGUCUACUCCGGCUUUAACCUCAAGAUCGAAGGUGAACAUCCAGGGGAAAUAGGAUCGGUUCAAGACACUCGCCUAGUCUUCAGGCAACACGGCCUGGUGUGGGCAGACCUCAAUUUUGCUGUGAAACACAACUGCCGGAAUUUUCUCCAGCUCUCCCUGAGGUUAAAUAGUAGCGAGGAGGGGUACGAACUCGGCGGGGUUCGCAUUGAGCAGCCAGAGGGCAAGUAUAUCCAGAGCACCACAUUAAGCAGUUCAGCAGAGGUGGAACCCAGCCAGACCCUCUCGGUGACCCUGAAGAGCCCAAAUCAGUUCUGUAACCGGAGUAAAGAUUUGAAUGUGUACAACCUCAGCACACCCCUCAGUAUCUUCUGGUUGUCCCAUGACACGGGGGCUGUGGCCAUGAGCGCCCAGAUGUCAACUGCAGUACACUACCAAACGAACCACCGCCCAACUCUUAAAAUCGUCUCGGUGUCUGACCCAUAUAUGAUCAGCUUGUCUCACGACGGAAGAGGUAUAAAGUUCACCGAGGCAGGAGUCAUCAAGUUUGUUUUCCAUCAAGCCCUGUACUCCAUGGGCCACACGUGUGUCCGGGAAGGCUUUUCCUUGAUUUCUUACAUCACCCGUAACAGCACCAGCAUUGAACUGGUGAACGUUUUCAAGUCUGGCGUCAAUUACAGAGACACGACACUGUCAUCCUCUGGGGCCACCAAAGUCCAUGCCGGGGACCUGAUAAGCUUUGAGAUUCUGUCUCCAGCUCAGUGCAGUGUGCGCUACUUUGGAGACAACUCUGGUGUCAGUAUGUUUAGCCUCAUCUGGAUCCCGUCAGCAGUCUCUACCGCUCUUUCGGCCACUGUUUCCGUUUCAGGGUUACCCACGGGAGCUGUCAGGAACAAAGUUUUGGACUUCAACCUCGUCACAUCCAAUGAGAACCAGAUUCAGCUGGUUUCUUCCGGGCCAAUGGCUCAGAAGUAUUUCGUGUUUACUGAAAAGGGAAUUGCCAGCAUUGCUUUUAAUCUAAAGUUGAUCCACUCAUGUAAUGUAAUCAAAAUUACUUUGAAUGAGCGGAUCCGUGGUCAGUUGCAACCAGCAGUACUUGCUCAGCAAAUUGGAGGUCAGAUGCCAGAGGGAAGCCUAUGGACCAGUGUGGGUCUCCGUUCUUCUUUCGAAGUCCACAAUGGUACAACGAUUUCUGUUUCCCUUGACUGUGUCCGUGGAAGGAUCAAUCAAAUCGCUCAUGAACACGGCACCAGCAUAUCCAUUUUGUGGAUCUCGUCUCAACUUUCUUAGCGAAUGGUAAAAACUAGCCAGGUGGCUGGUCUCAACCACUGAAUAUCCAGGAGUCUACACAUUGUUAAUCAGCCCUGCCUUAUAUUAUUCUUUCCACAAGUUAACUCUAAAACACCAUGAGCUGGAUUACCUAUGCAAGCAGAAGACUCUGUAAGAAACCUACAUUGUGAACGCUUGGAUUGAAGUCAGAGAGCCUAGGGCUCAGGUCAGGUGCUAAUUUUAAAAAGACAUUCUUUUAAAAGCAGGUCUUUUUCUGUAAAAGUGGUUAGAGAUAAAACAAAGUUCAACUGAAACCAAUGGCCUUACCUGGUAUUAACUCUAAGUUCAUAUACAAUUGCCUCUGGCAACUGUUUGCCAGUUUCGUCCUAUCAGACAAAUCUAUUGGAAAGACUUCCACGUUCACACACAAAGACGAUGUGCCACAAAUUAAAGUUAAAUAUAGAGUUUAUAUUUCAACCUAUAAUUUACAACAUCCACUUCAAGGGAAUGUUAUUAAUUUUACUCUUAUUUAUGCUGCCUCCUCUGACUUAUUUAUCUCUGUUGAUCUUUUACUAGUCUUUCAAUAUUUAGAUUCUAUUUUUAACUCUUCAGAGCUUAUUCUUUUAGGCAUUUUUUAUACCUAACUCCUUUCCGAUUUCUCACAACAUUUUUCUCCCCCUCCUUAAGCUUAUUAGUGGAAACCUCUAGGAGACCUAUUGUGUAGACUGUGGAUAUCUUCUUUCUGUUGGUUAUCUCUGAGUUGAUUGGAUUGUUUCUAGCCACCAGUCAAUUAGGAAGCAAAGUGAUGGGGGAAAACAGAAAUUAAACCAAUAGUCUCAGUGAUGAGUGAGUUGGGAUAUUAGCAUGGUGACCAGGCUUUAAUUGCUGAGAUUCUUUUCUAUACAGCUUGCAGGUGGUGAGAUCACUGCCUUAGGAUGGGAUGAGUUGGGAAAAUAUGGGAUUCUCUCAUAUCUGUAGGGAGAGCCAGACCAUCAUUCCCCUUUGCCUAGGGCUUCCCGAUCAACAGUCUCCUAGUCGGCCCACCCAAUGCUAACUCUCCAGAAUGUAGCUAGCUCCUCGUCCUGCCCUAUUCUGCCCUUCCCAGCCAAGAACCUCAGCUGGUGAUCCAGACCUUAUUGCUCACAUCUUUAGCUGCUGCUAAUAAUGAUAAUAA